AUGGAGGCUGUGGCGAGAAACAUUGUGAGAAGGCGUAUCCCCUACCGCCGGCCACGCUACCAAAGAGACGACUUGCGCAUCGAGAUCCGAGACGACUCUUCCGAUGGCGAGGACUCGCCCUCACCGGACCACUCGAGCUUUCCGCCGGGCGUGAGCAAGACUCACUCACCAAAGACAAAGACCCAUUCGCCAAAAACCACGGACCCGCCUCCGCCGCCGCCGCCUCCCGUCCUGGCCCCGGCCAAUCCCACCGGCACCGACGAGACGACCACCUCCGAGUCCAUCACGCCGUCCAGCACACCCUCCCGUGAGCCCUCGCGCGAACAGCCCCGGCCCACGUCUUUCCCUGCUGCCUCCGCCACCCCGCCAUCUCGGACUAGCAGUGUUCCUACCGCCCUUCCCGAGAGCCAAUUCACGACGACCAAGCCGACUCUUGCCCCGACGGGAGGCACCACGAGGGGAGGAAACGAGAUUGGCCUGGGCGACGACAGAUCUUCAGAUGCAGGAUGGACGCCGACUGCCAUCGCGUUCGGGACUAUCGCCAUCGCCGCACUGUUCCUCGUGAUAGGCUGGGGCCUCUGGUGGUUCCUCAAAUACCGCAAACGCCGCGACGCGCGCCGCAUGUAUGAACGCUCCAUGUCCCCCGACGGCCACUACUGGAACCCCGAAUCGACCUUCUCGCCCUCCCAACAGCAGCCCGCCCGCCGCGCCCCGUCAAGCAUCAUGGCCGAGCUCAUGGGCGCCGCCUACGCCGCCGAAAACGGCUCCGCCGGCGGCGGCUACCACCCGGACGACCGCAACUCGCUGACCCCGCAAGGCUACCUCGACGAGAAGAAGUACGCCUCCGGCCGCCAGCUGCCCAUCCUCGAGCCCGCCCCGGUCCACCAGCCCAACGUCCGCAACUCCAUCGCCAGCUGGAUCCGCCGCCACCACCCGCUCAAGCUGAACCCCCUCUCCGGCCGCAGCAGCGUCUACUCCUCCCGCACAAUGGGCGCGAGCGCCCAGAGUGUGAACGCGCCACCUGUCCCGAACGUGCCCGGUGCGUACCGCCCCGACAGCCAGCAGGCCGGCAACGCGGACAGGUACACCGCGUCGAGCAGGUACGGCACCGAGAACCAGUCCGACACGAACUCCAUCCUCUCCCUGUACGAGAACCGCCAGCCACCGGCGGCGGCGGGACAGCAGGACCGACCGCCGCAGCCGCUGUGGCUGGAGACGCCGCCGCCGCUGAUGCACGGCGACCGCGGCGUCUCGAUGGCGCCGACGGAGGCGACGGAGAGCACCUGGCGCAGCUGGGGCGGCGGGGUCAACCACCCGCGCGAACAAGCGCCGCCCCCGCAGACGCCGCGCCGCGGAUGGAUCGAGAAGUGCAUCAAGUUCGGAGGACUCAAAUAA